GAAGCGGAGCGCACAAACUUAACCACUGGGCCACAGGGCUGGCCCCUCAAUAAUUGUUUUGUUUUUUUCUAACCUUGGUAUUUCAAGGAAUACUGGUCCAUUAUUUUGUAGAAUGUCCCUCAGUUUGGGUUCAUGUGAUGUUUUCUCAAGCUUAACCUAUACAUUUUUGGCAGGAAGACCGCAGAGAUGGUGUGGCCUUCUUAGUGACACGUGAUAGCUGAAUGACUUAGUGAUGGCCAUUUUGACCUUGAGUACUUGGUGAAGGUGGUAGGUGCCAGAUUUCUCCACUGUAAAUUACUACUUCCGUCUAUAUAAGUAAUAAGUAUUUUGUGGGGAGCUAAUUCUACAUUAAUUAAUUUGGAAUUCUGUAAGAAGAAGCUGUCCCAUCUCUCUCAUUUAUUUACUUAUUCAAUUUUUUUAUGUUAGUAUGGAUUCAUGGACAUUUUUUUUUUGUGGAUUGUAACCCAAUAAUAUCAUGUAUUUUGCUGCCUGAAGUUUCGCAUUUGGCCAUUGGGGGUCCUGUCACAUUGGAAUUUGACUUGGGUUUGGCUGUAGCUGGCAGAGGGAAAAUUUUUCCCAAAUGUGAAGUCCAGCAACGCUCUCAGAAUCCAGGAGGGAACUGAAAAUCCAUUCAAGUCAACAAGCAUGCAUUGAAGGACUGCUAGGUGCAAGGUCUUGGGCUAGCUGUGGAGGGGUAGAGAGCAUUACACAAGGCAGCAUCCUACCCUCACCGUCUCCGGGCCAGGGGACAGUCUCGGAGAUGGCUGAGUCUGAUACAGGACAGAUGGAGCCGUGUUUGUGUGUGUGCAGCAGAUAAGGGAAUGGAGAAGGCGGGUGUCCUAGCUGCUGCAGUGGAGGGACAGGGACUUGGAAACGUUCACCCAAAGCUCUUUCUCUGACAUGACUGCACCUUCUUUCAUUUAUUCACUAGACAAAUACUUUUUGAAUACCUACUAGGUACUGAAUCUUACUUUAGGUGCUGGGGAUGCGUCAGUGAACAAGACAGACAAGGUUCCUGCUUUCAUGGAGCUGACAUUCUAGUGCACAAAACAAACAAUGAGGAAGGAAAAUAAUUUUGGAUAGUGAUCAGUUCUUUAGAUGGUCAGAGGUGGCCUUGCUGAAGAGAUGACCACUGAACUGAGCCCUGCACUAUGAGGAGGCAGCAAUGCAAAGAUCAGGGGUGGGGCGGAGGGGACAGUAUUCCAGGCAGAAGAAGCAACAAUUGCAAAGACUUUGUGGCUUGAAUGAAUUUAGGAUGUUUGAGGAACCUGUUCCUGGAAUUUGCUGAGCUUGGGCCCAGUGGCACUGAGGAGGAAGAGAAGUAGGCAGGGUCAGGUUAGAGAGGGUACGAGGCCCUGGUAAGGAGCUGGGGUCUUAUUCUGGGCCUGAUGCAAGCCAUUGGUGAUUUCAAGUUGUGGAAUAAGUUUUCUGGCUUAUGUUUUCAGAAGAUCAUUUCAGCAACUGGUAGAGAAUGGAAUGUGAGGGUUUAAGGUCAGAAGCAGGGCAGCCAGUUAGGAGGUGGUGAGGAUGCCCAGGCAAGAGGUGAUGAUAAUUUAGACUAGAAGCAGAGGAGUCAAGCUAUGUUUGAAUGUAGCUUCAACAGAAUAGGCUGCUGGAUUGGACAUAUCGAGUGAAGGAAAAACAGUUGUCAAGGAUAUCUCCUAGGUUGGGACCAGAGCCUCUGGGGCCUAGAGAGGAGUUCAGCUGAUAGCUGAAUAUCCCGGAUACAAUCAGCAAGCUCUGAUCACUUCUCUGGGUGUAUACUGUGUACACUACCCUGUGGUAGACUCUGGGGGUGAUCCAGAGAUAAAAUAUGCAAGGCACAGCUCCAGAGGAGCUUACCUUUGCAUCAGGACCUCUCCAAGGCCAAGGAGGGAUGAGCUCCAUUUUCUGAGGCUAUUUUAACAAGGAACUUCAAAAACCGUCUUAUAAACUUUCCAGUAUAUUUUUUAAACACUUAUGUUUAAUGCUUUUAACAUACACACACAGACACCUAACAACAACAGACAACAUAAGUAUUCUACUCACAUAAGAAGGGCUGGAUUUGUUUUUUGAAAAUAUAAAUUCACAGUGCCCUAUGGAAGAUGUGGUAUGGGAAUGGGCCCACAGUUAAGUUGCUUGCUUGAUGAACACGUCCUUUCGAUCCUCUUGGUAUAUCUCUGUGGUGGGAUAUGUCAGCCCACUUGGAAAAGCGUCAGGAGUCUCAGUGUGGAAUCUUCAGCGAUCAUUUGGCCCUCCUGGCUCCUUCUUUGACAGGCUCUGCAUCUACUUCCCUCAUUUAUACAUCAAAAAUUUAUUAAGUAUCUACUAUGUGCUGGGCACUAUUCUAGAUUCAUGGAUACACCGGUGAAUAAGACAGACAAGGUCCCUGGUUUUAAAGAGCUUACAUUCCAGUGACGUAGCAGAAAAUAAAUAAGCCAACAAAUAACUAAGUGGCAGUUUCAGAAAGUGAUAUGUAAAGAAAAUAUAAUAGGAAAAUAUGGAGAAGGUGGUGGGGAGAGGAGUACAACAUUAGCUAGGGGGUCUGAGAAGGUUCCUCCACAGAGGUGGAGUUUGAACUGGGACCGAAGAACAAGAAGGGACCGGCUCUGCAGGGAGCUGGGAGGAGGUUCUUGGAAAGAUAUCAGGACUAGUGCAAAGAUCAAGGUGGGGAGGAGCUCUCCAGUUUCUGGAAGAGAAGAGAAGACCAAGCACUGGGAGGCAGGGAUUCAGCAGUCAACAAGAUGGCCGGUGCUGGCCUCCAGAAGCUAUUGGAACGAGCAGAAGGAAAUAAACCCAAGAGCAAGCAAAGUUAACUAGCACAGGGAACGAAUGGCCUGGAAGGGAGAGGUAUGGGGAGGAAAGUCGAAUCCUCUAAACGUUUUCGGGGCUUCUGUCCCCUUGUACUGGGCACCUUCCUUACCCUCUGGUGCACCUUCUGGCCUUCAACCCUAGACCCUACUGGGUAAGUGAUAGGAAAAAUGAGGAGAUAAACAGCUGUUCCAGAAAGCCCUUGCCACGGGUUACCUUGCUCCAGCGGUCCCCUCCUGUUCACAGGCUGUUUCUUCAUAUGCAGGUAGCCCAUGUCUAAACCAGGUUUAUAAUCAUGACUUUUGCCCCUGGAUGGGGAGAACACAGGGCAGGAAGCAUCUGUUUUCUCUGUUUUAUUCCCAGCCAUGUCCUGUCUGCCCCUGACUGCACUGAUGGUCCUGCCACUAAUUUGUGUGAAUAAACUUCAGCUCCAGCUUCUUCCUGAGGGGGAGCUGGGAGGCCAGGGAACUUUUCAAGGACUGCCAAAGGAAGUUCUGGAGGGAAUUCCCGGGCCAGUCAAGGAGGUGGAGGUGGGCCUCGUAGAACAGGAAAGUGGCCCAAGCUAAUGUGACCUCCAGCUAUGUUGAGAUGAGCAAUUCGUGUUCUGCAAACAUACCCCCUUAUACACAUUUGCAUUUCCUUAAUUUUCAUUUGGUUUACUUUUCCCUGUCACCGGUUUCCUGGACAAAUUCCGUAUAGAAAAGAGUCACACCUUUGAAACCCUCAUUGCAUCUGUUUGCAGGUCUGUAUAGAAAAACCAGAUUGGCACAUGAUACUAUAGCUGAAAGAUGAGAGGAAAAUCUCAUUUCCUUAUUUGACCUCUAAGAAUCUGGUCUUCCCCAUGAGCCCCUGCUUGCUGGUAACUGAGGAGAAAAUAAAUGUUUAGGCUUACGAUUUUAAGACCUUGUUUAAUCCAGUCAUUUAAAUAGUUCCUUUAAGUAAUGCUCAGUCUCAGAGUUGUCGCCUGGCUGAGGAAGAGUCAGGGUCCUGGGAACAGUGUCCUCUACUCCUCUGCUUCCCAAGUGAUGUCAUUUAUCUACCUGGUCACUGCCGGCUCUGCUGUCAUUGGAGGAUCUGGUGUAGGCCUUCAAGAGAUGCUUUGUGCCUUGCUCAUUGCCUGGUGGUAUUCCCAGGGUUGCUGGGCCUCUGCUGGCACCAUACUCUCCUCUAAGACCCUCCCCUGCUUCUCACUGAUUUGCAGCCCAGGUAGUCCCAAGGCCCCCUCUGGCAAGGCCCUCCCCUAGAAUUUUGGCUACUUCUUGUUCCCAUCUGCACCACAGGGGAACCGGGAAAGCUACCCCCAGGGGCAGCAGCACUAGCCCGAGGAGCACUUGGAGUGAACUGGAAAAAGAUGUCCCUGAUGGGAGGAGGAUUUAGAAAAAGCGGCCACUUUUUCCAGAGGGAUGCAAGAGUAGAGCCUGUUCAUACUUAUUCAUGAGAACCAACUGUCAAAUUUUCUGGAAUUUUGAGAGCCUAGUUGUUAAAGACAAACAUUAUUAAGUCUAAAUUAUAUAAACUUAUGACUAAAUACAUUUUAUCAAAGACAAAAGUCAAACUCAAAAUUUAUCACCUCCUAAUUAUUUUACUACAUUUUGCUAUUGAUUUUUUUUUAGGUUAUUUAUAUCUAUUGUAUCUGACUGGUGGAAAUACUAUCAAUAAUGUCUUACUUGUUUUAUUAUUUUGUUGAUUAUCUAGGCUUGAGAAAUAAAUGCAAGAAAUGUUACUGUUGCAGAUUAAAUCAAGCGUGUGCUCCCUGUAGCCAUGACAUUGUGAAGAAGACCAAGAAAGGAGGAAACUUUCUUUCAGUACUUGAAAAAAGUUCAGCAAAGUUACUCAGGGUCAUUGGCAAAUGAGUGAAGAUUCAACCAUCACUCAUCUUUGAUGUUUCAUUUUCCUCUUACUUGUUAACAUAAAGUAAAAUGUCAAGCAGCGUUCAUGUCAGAACUGCAUUCAUUCAGCCAUUGCAGCCCUAGAUUCUCUGAUUCUUGGAAACAAAGAAUUGGCAGGACAACUGAAAAUGACCAGGAGGAGGAUAUACUGGGUCCCCAGCUCUUCCGGUGGCCUCAUAAAUCUCGGCUUGGAUGUAGGUGAUGACAUGGCUUCAGGACUUAGCUACAAACCUUACACUCUGGAAGGUGGCCCCUGGACCCAACAGGCAGGGAAUCCUGCAGCACCGGAGAAGGCGGAGGGCCUCCCUUGGGGGAAGUACUCUGCUGCCUGGAGAAACAUGAUUCCCUUCCGUCCCAAACCAAAGUUUCCUGCCCCGCAGCCCAUGGAUGAUGCUGGCCUGUUCUCCUACCUCUUGUUGUCAUGGUUGACCCCACUCAUGAUCCGAGGUUUACAGAAACGCUUAGAUGAGAACACCAUCCCCCAGCUGUCAGUACAUGAUGCCUCAGCCAAAAAUGCCAAAAGACUUCGCCUCCUUUGGGAAGAAGAAGUCUCCCGGCGUGGGCCUGAGAAAGCCUCGGUGCUUCACGUGAUGCUGAGCUUCCAGAGAACAAGAGUUCUUUUCGCUACGCUUCUGGGCUGCUGCCUCUGUCUCUGGAGCCUGCUGGGGCCAGUGCUGAUCAUACCAAAGAUCCUAGAAUAUUCCGAAGAGCAGCCAGGGAACAUCGUCUAUGGAGUGGGACUCUGCUUUACCCUGUUUCUCAGCGAGUGUCUGAAGUCUCUGAGUCUGUGUUCCUGUUGGGUCAUAAACCAGCACACAGCCAUCAGAUUUCAUACAGCCGUUUCCUCCUUUGCCUUUGAGAAACUAAUGCAAUUUAAGUCUCUAACACACAUCACCACGGGAGAGGCCAUCAACUUCUUCACCCGCGACACAAAAUAUCUAUUUGAAGGGAUGUACUAUGGCCCUCUGACCUUGUUCUCUGGUUUGUUCCUGAUUGCCUGCAACAUCACCUCCUGCCUCGUUCUUGGACCCACUGCACUCAUUGCCACUGUUUGCUUUCUCCUGAUUUUACCAUUGGAGGUGUUCUUCAUCAGAAGGAUUGUGAAGAUACAGAAUGACACAGCUGAUGUCAGCAACCAGCGCAUUCGUGUAACCAGUGAAGUCCUCACCUACAUUAAGCUGAUUAAAAUGUACACGUGGGAGAAACCAUUUGCCAAAGUCAUUAAAGACCUGAGAAGGAAGGAAAGAAAACUAUUGGAGGAGAGUGGUUUCCUCCAGAGCCUCACCAUGGCCACCUUUUUCAUGGCCUGCACGGUGGCCAUGACGUUGAUGUUUCUCAUCCACACGUGCUUACAGCUGAAACUCACAGCUCCGGCAGCCUUCACCACGGUGGCCACCUUGUCUCCCUUGCGGCUGUCAGUGUUGUUUGUGCCCUUCGCAAUCAAAGGCCUCACCAAUUCCAAGUCUGCAGGAGAGAGGUUCAAGAAGUUUUUCCUCCAGGAGAGCCCUGUUUUAUAUGUCCAGGCAUUGAAAGACCCCAGCAAACCAUUGGUUUUGGAGGAGGCCACCCUGUCCUGGCAACAGACCUGCCCCAGGAUUGUCCGUGGAGCCUUGGAGCUGGAGAGGAACAGACGUACUCCCAAGGGGACGAUAGGAGCUCAGCCACCUCUAGGUGCCCUCAGGCCACAGGACAAAGGGGACAGCCCGGCCCCAGAGUUGUACAAGAUAAACCUGGUGCUGUCAAAGGGGACCAUGUUAGGAAUCUGUGGCAACAGUGGGAGUGGCAAGAGCAGCCUGUUGUCAGCCAUCUUGGGGGAGAUGCACUUGCAGGAGGGCUUGGUGGGGGUGCAUGGAAGCCUGGCCUACGUCCCCCAGCAGCCCUGGAUGAUCGGGGCCAGCAUCAGGGAGAACAUCCUCAUGGGAGUCCAGUACGACAAGGCCCGGUACCUCCAAGUGCUCCACUGCUGCUCCCUGAACCGGGACCUGGAAAUUCUGCCCUUUGGAGACAUGACGGAGAUUGGGGAGCGGGGCCUCAACCUCUCCGGGGGACAGAAGCAGAGGAUCAGCCUGGCCCGUGCUGUCUACGCCGAUCGCGAUGUCUACCUGCUGGAUGACCCCAUGUCAGCCUUGGAUAACCACGUGGCGAAGCACGUCUUUGAAGAGUGCAUUCAGAAGAUGCUCAGGGGAAAGUCUGUGGUCCUGGUGACCCACCAAAUGCAGUAUUUAGAGUUUUGUGACGAGAUCAUUUUGCUAGAAGAUGGGAAAAUCUGUGAAAAAGGAAUUCACAGUGAGUUAAUACAGAAAAAGGGGCGAUAUGCCCAACUCAUCCAGAAGAUGCCCAGGGAAGCCACACAGGUGAUUUCUACCCAACCCCACCCGCAUUCCCCACAGGGAGGAGCACUCCCUGCAUCUGGGGUGUGUGCUUCCUCCCAGGACGUGCUACAGGACCCAGCAAGGAGGGCACAAGAGCCUCAGGUGGAAGGUCAGGCCCGGACCACCUUUCAGGAAGAGCCUCUCCCGGACGAUGCUGUGCUGGAAAAUCAGCUCACAAAGAAGGAGAAGAUGGAAGAAGGGUCCCUGAGAUGGAGUGUCUACCACCACUACAUCCAGGCAGCUGGAGGUUACUUGGUCUCUGUCAUGGUUUUCCUUCUCAUGUUGGUGUUCAUCUUCCUCACGACAUUCAACAUGUGGUGGCUGAACCAUUGGUUGGAGCAGGGCUCAGGGGCCAAUAGCAGCCAAGAGAGCAACAGGACCCCUGCAGACCCAGGUGACAUCCUGGAGAACCCUCAGCUGCCCUUUUACCAACUGGUGUACGGCCUCAGCACCCUGGCUGUAAUCUGCGUUGGGAUUGGUUGCUCGAAGGCUUUCACCAAGGUCACAAGAAAGGCAUCCACAGCCCUGCACAACCAGCUUUUCCACAAGGUUUCCCGCUAUCCCAUGAGUUUCUUUGACACGACCCCAAGAGGCCGACUCCUAAACUGCUUUGUUGGGGAUUUGGAUAUGCUGGACCAAUUCUUUCCUUCUGUUGCUGAACACUUCCUGCUUCUGAUUUUGCUGAUAAUCUCCACCCUGCUGAUUGUCAGUGUGCUGUCUCCAUACGUCCUGCUGUUAGGAGCCAUAAUAGCCAUCUUUGGCUUCGUUUAUUGUAUGAUGUUCAAGAGGGCCAUCACUGUGUUCAAGAGACUGGAGACCUACAGCCGCUCCCCUUUAUUAUCCCACAUUCUCACCUCUCUGCAUGGCCUGAGCUCCAUCCAUGUCUAUGGAAAAACUGAAGACUUCAUCAACGAGUUUAAAAGGCUGACUGAUACGCACAACAACUACCUGCUGAUGUUUCUGUCUUCCAUCCGAUGGGCGGCAUUGAGGCUGGAGCUCAUUACCAACCUGAUGACCCUGGCUGUGGCCUUGUUUGUGGCCUUUGGCAUUUCCUCUGCCCCCUAUUCCUCUAAAGCCAUGGCUCUCAGCCUCGUCCUGCAGCUGACGGUCAACUUCCAGGCCAUCACCCGGGUUGGUACAGAGACAGAGUCGUGCUUCACAGCUGUGGAGAAGUCGCUGCAGUACAUGAAGAUGUGUGCCCCUGAGGCUCCUUUACACACAGAAGGCGGGAGCUGUCCCCACGGGUGGCCACAGCGUGGAGAAAUCACUUUCCAGGAUUAUCAGAUGAAAUACAGAGACAACACACCCAUUGUCCUCAAUGGCAUCAACCUCACGAUUCACGGCCAAGAAGUGGUGGGCAUCGUGGGCAGGACUGGCUCUGGGAAGUCGUCCUUGGGGGUGGCUCUCUUCCGCCUGGUGGAGCCAGCGGCAGGCCGGAUUCUCAUUGAUGGUGUGGACAUCUGCAGCAUCGGCCUGGAGGACUUGCGGUCCAAGGUCUCUAUUAUUCCUCAAGAUCCCGUCCUGUUCUCAGGAACCAUCAGGUUCAACCUGGAUCCCUUUGACUGCUACACAGACAAGCAGAUCUGGGAUGUCUUGGAGAGGACAUUCCUGAGCAAGACAAUCUCAAAGUUCCCUCAAAGGCUGCAAGCAGAAGUUGUGGAAAACGGUGAAAACUUCUCUGUCGGGGAGAGGCAGCUACUCUGCAUUGCUCGAGCCCUCCUCCGCAACUCCAAGAUUAUCCUAAUUGAUGAAGCCACAGCCUCAGUUGACAUGCAGACUGACACCCUGAUCCAGCGCACAAUCCGUGAAGCCUUCCAGGGCUGCACAGUGCUGGUCAUCGCACACCGCAUCCCCACUGUCCUCAACUGCGACCGCAUCCUGGUCAUGAGGGAUGGGAAGGUUGCAGAGUUUGACAGGCCUGAGGUCCUGCAGAAGCAGCCUGGGUCCAUGUUUGCAGCCCUGCUGGGAACAGCCAGUUCUUCAUCGAGCAAAGGAGAAAUGGGGACUUCAGCGGGGGAGGCUGGUGGCCGAGUUCCCCAAGGUUCACCCAGAGUGCAACAAUAAGGCCUGUAAUCUGUGACCUUCUGGGCAGAGAUGGCUCCUGACAGCAGGGCUGAAGUGGGUGAGGGUGCUGAUGAUGGGGUGGAGAAGGCUGAGGGAGCAGAACCUGGAAUAGGCCACUCCAUGGCUCCCCAAACCUGAGAACCCCAGCACGUUUGAGACCAUGUGGUCAAAUCAUCGCGUUCUCUUUUCAACUGAUAUGCUGACUAAUUUCACAAUAAUGUAAAAGCUUAUUGUAGUUUUCUGAUCUGUGUUAAAAGUGUUCAAAUGAUGUUUGAUUCUGUCAAGAAAUAAAAGUAAGAAAAAGUCACAUUCUCUGCCCUGUUUCUAUGUUACCUGGUACUCAUUCAGCCACAGGGAACAAAAACUCCCUCAACCUGGCUUCUAGAAAAAGGCUCAUGCAACAGAAAGAUCCAGAAAAAGUUCUGGGUUGAGUGCCAAUAUCAGCAGCACGUCUGCCUUGUGGACUCUGCCUCUCUUCUCUCAGCUCUACCCCUCCUUUGUCUGUCUUCACUCCUGGCCUUCUCUCCUCACGGUGGCAGCCUGGCUGCCAGCAGCUCUGGACUGGCCUCCUACCGGCUCAGCAUCCCCGGUCUUCUUCCCACCCUCCUUGAUUCCAGCAGAGCCCCAGGCCUAAAUCUCAUCGGCAGACGUGGGUCAUGCGCUCCCCCCUGAGCCAACCACACGCCAAGCAGCUGGAAUCCAGCAACUGGACAGGCCACGGUCACAAGCCCACACCCGGGCCGCGGAUGAGUCCGCUGCCCUGACGAACUGAGAAUGGAGGGGGUCGUUUCUCCAAAGA